AUGCAAGAGCAGGAGGAAGAAGAGAUGGAAGGUGUUUCGUGGAGAAAACCUUUGGGUCAGACACUAAUGGAGUCAAGUGCUACUGCUACUUCUGCUGUUGCUUCAAGUUUCGUAUCGUCGUCAAUUGAUCCAUGUUUGCAAUCGGAUAAUAUCCGUGUGCUGCUUCGAAUUCGACCAUCACCGGGGAAGGACAAUCGAAAAUGUCUUGAAGUAGCUCCAGAUCAACGUGGAGUGACGUUAGCACCAGCAUCUCAACAGGAAAAGCGAUUUGGCUUUGAUCGUGUGUUUAUGGAAACAUGUGAACAGGAUGAUGUUUUCCAAGAUGCAGGUCGAGCAGCCGUGGAGAAUACGAUUGAGGGAUAUAAUGGUAGUAUCUUUGCAUACGGACAGACAGGGUCAGGCAAGACUUUUACAAUGUUGGGAGGAGCGACGAAGAAUGCUCAUGAAUUACGAAUGUCGCCGUUGCGUGGACUUACGCCACGUAUUUUAGGUUAUUUGUUCCAGCGGCUUGCAGGGCUCGCACGAGAACGAAACCUUGCGUAUUAUAAUGGAGAAGAACAGGAGCGUGCAUUGCACUAUACGUUGGUAUGCUCGUACUUGGAAAUCUAUAACGAAAAGGUGUUUGAUUUGCUGGAACCGAGUGGCUCGGUCGCUGCACAGCAGCCUAAGAGUCUUCGUGAAGACCGCGACAAAGCGGUGUAUGUAGAUCAGCUGCGCGAGAUUGACGUGGGUAGCGAAGAGGAAGCGCUGACGCUAUUGCAGCUAGGUUCGCAGAAUCGUCAUAUCUCAUCAACAGAAAUGAAUCGCGAAAGCUCACGGUCUCACGCAGUUUUCUCGGUCAAGUUAGUGCUAGAGGAGCGAACUUCAGCUGGAGUAAAGCGUACACGCCGUUCGUGCUUGCAUUUAGUGGAUUUGGCAGGUAGUGAAAAACAGCGACAAACUCGUGUCCAUGGCAAGCGAUUAAAGGAGGCUGCCCAAAUUAACAAGUCUUUGUCGGCUCUAGGCAACGUGAUCAUGGCACUAGUGGAUGUAAGCAACGGUCAUAAGCGGCACGUUCACUAUCGUGACUCGAAGCUUACUUAUCUUUUGCGGGACGCCUUGGGAGGCAAUGCAAUUACAAGUAUUGUGGCUACUAUUUCGCCCGAAGAAAAAUACUUUACAGAAACGCUUAGUACACUGAAGUUUGCACAGCGUGCAAAGUUUAUUAAGAAUAAUGCGGUACAGAACGAGGACGCUGACUCGCUCGUGCCAGUUCUUAAACAGCAAAUUGAAAAGCUGGUUCAAGAAAUUGCAUCUUUGCGAAGAAGCGUCGGCAUCGGCUUGACCUCCGAUGCUAAUGUUACUGAUGCAGAGCAUUCUAAGGACGAACAGAUCAUACGGUUGAAAUCAAUUGCCGAUGCUGAAACAGAAACUCAAGUUCAGGAAAAGAAAACGAAAAAUCGGUACGAGCCAGCUUUGGACAUGAUGCAAAAGCUGCUGCGUGCAAGUGGAGCAGCGUCACAAGCAGACAUUGCUGAAGAAAAAGAGCCCCAGCAGCAAAAGCACGAUGUUGUGGAAAUUCGUUGUGACCGGCUUGAGAUGCUGCUUUAUCGCAUGAUUUGCCGUUUUGAGGAAUACAAAGAGGUCACCUUUGACCCUAACCGGUACAAGCAUACUCGGCGUUCAACGCAUGCAAAGCUAAAUAAGCUUCAAGGCCCUCGAAUGUCAAUGCUUCCCGCGCCUAAGCGAUAUAGUAGUGCUGCUGUGCGAUACCAUCAUGUCGACAACCAGGAGUACUCCGCGGAUGAUGACGGAUCUGCUGCUGCUUUGAUAGCGGCUGAAAAGCGGGAACGUGAUUUGCAAAAGAAGGUGCAAGAUCAACACAUCCGUAUUGAGGAAUUGUUGCAGCGAUCCCAAGAAGCUGAAGUGGAAAAUGAUCUUAUUCGUCAUGAACUUUGUGAGCUGCUAGAGUGGAAAGCCUUUGUCGAAGAAGAACGGCGUCAUGUCAGUGAUGCUGUGCCGUUCGGUCCUCAACAGGAGAGUGAAGAGGAGGAGACACCAAUAUUGGAAGCAUCGACAGUACCAAGCGAAGAGAUGCAGGAUUUACAAGAAAUGCUGAAUGUGUAUCGCGCACUCUUCGAUGACGUGACAGAUUUGAUGUACAUGAAGAAGCCGAUAUUAUGCAGUCCAUUAAGCCCAAAGUCAUGUUCUUCUGUGGUGACGGACUCUAAUUCUACCUGUUAUGCUUCAGGUGAUGAGGAUGAUAUUGGUGAUGAUUGCAUCUCGGUGGAUGGUUUCGAGGCGAGCGAAGACGGUGAUGGAGGUGUCAGUGACACUUAUCGCGAAGUUCGCCGCGUGAAUGCUUUGAGCUCACGUCUUGGACGGAAGCUUGAUCUCUAUCAGGACACAAUUCAGCGCUUAGAGAAAGAGUUGCAAACGACAAAGGACGAGCUGGAAACCUCUAGUGCUGCCACAAAAUUUGCUGAAUUUCAGCUCCAACAGUUGCGUACAUUGGCAUCAGAUGAAGAGGCCAGGCAGAAUCAGGUGGAGUACGAUUUACGAAAAAAACUCAAUGACGUGGAGAAAACAGUGCGUUCUCAACGUAAUGAGAUGACCCGGGUGCUAGACAAAAAGUUAGCUGAUGAUGCGCGUGCUCUGGAGCUUGAACUAGAAGUUGCACGACGCGAGGUGAAAUAUUUGGAGCAUCGUUUUCGCAACAGCAGCGAUAGCAUUGAUGACGGCAACAAUGACAAGCGGAUGAAGAGUGCACUACUGGACAUUCAAAGGUACAUGGAAGAUAUAGAGCAAGAAAUGAGAUUGUCACGAUCUCCUUUGCCGACACCAGAGAUGCCAAAAGCAAGCGAUAGUGAGAUACCAGCUCAACUGUUGACAUUGUUAGAUUGUGCUGUGAAAGAUAAUGCGAAGCUUUUGGAAACGGUGGGUGACUUUCGAGAUAAGCGACAACGUAGUAAUGUCUACCUUCAGUUACUCUCUUCGUUAUUAGCUGUGGAAGCGAGCUUGGACUAUGACGAUUCAAGCGACGAAAGCAAAGAGCAGGAGUUGAUCCGAUUACAGCUUGAAACUGCCACUCUUCGAACUGGAGUCGGCGAGUUGACCGAUUUCAGUUCCUCGGACGCUGUCGACGAGGGUCUCGCUGAAGCAAGUGAAUUGGCGUAG